UGAUCUAGAUAUAUUUCACACCCAAAACCCCCAAUCUUGGAGUUAUUCAAGUCUCACAAAGCUCUCUCAAAUCUAAAUUCUUCAAGUGCUCCUCCUAGCUCAAAUUAAAGGUUUUUGAAGCUCACAAGCAAAAAUUUGUGACAUGGGUAUUGUGAAUAAGGCUCGUGUGUUGGUGGUGUUGGUAAUCUUGAUUGCUUCAUCAGUGGCAGAGAAGCCUUCUGUUGUGGAAGCAAGGACACUUUCCUUAACAUCAUCUCAUCAAGGGUACUCGAAAUUUUUUGCCACGCUUGGACUUGUUUGCAAGUGUUGUGACGGGGUUGGAGGUGCCUGCACAAGCACGUGGACAGAGUCUUGCUCUAACCUUCAGUGUUCCCCUUGGAAAUCACACUCAUGAAAAGUCUCCUAGAUUUUUCUUGUUUUUAUUUGCAUACAUAUUCUUUAGGAGAUAUUGUAGAAAUUAACUCUUCAAUCUGAUUUGUGUUCUAUGUAUUGUAAAUUUUGUGUAUAGUUCUGCUAAAAUUUGGGAUGUAUUUGUCAAGAGCAAUAGCAAAUAGAAGUCUAACUACCACAUCUCCACUGUGGCCUUACUAUUCGUUAAUCAUUGGGACGAUGGCUUGAUGGGAAAAUGGCAGUGUCAAGAGUUUAAAUU